AAUAAAAGUACUAUAACCUAAUUUUUGUAUUUAAAAAUAAUUUCAAAUUUAUAUUUUUGAAUUGAAAAUACUAAUUACUAUUUUGUGGCAUGGUUGCUACCUGUAAUAAAAGAAACACACCAAGAACGUUGAAAAGAACGAAGUACAAAAUAUGUGGUCGUUUAAUAAGCAAAGACAUUACUUAUGUCCUAAAAGAUUUCCAACUCUAAUUCAAAAAUUAACAUACAGAGAAUUUCUACCUAGUUCGAAGAAAAAGGUUUUCAUGCCCAAUCCGCAAAAACCAAAGUUUGUUAUUCAGGAUCUUCCAAAGUCAAGACCCCAUUCAGAAAAGGUAUAUGGUCCUCGUACAAAUAAACUAAACAUACAAAUGUUGUCGAAAACUAUUUACGAUCAAGUAUUUAUAGAGGGCUUCAAGGAUACGAGCGAUCCACAGAUUAUUAAGAAAUGUCAGCAAGAUCUGGUAUCAAGAGAAAUGAAUACAAACGCAGAAGACUUUCAAAAAGACGUUGAUUAUAAAAUUCCACCUUUGGAAGGGAAAAAUAUAGCAGAUCACUUCAGAAUUAUUGGAGAGAGUCAAGCUAAACCAUACAGAGAUCUUACAUUACAAUUGUUAGAGUACUGUCCGCUUCCACCUGAUUCUUGGUUAAUGCAACCUGGUUGGACCAGAUAUGUACCGGAAUGUGAACCGCAGGCUGUAGCUUUUCCUUUGGAGGAGGCGAUCGUCUUUGAUGUUGAGGUGUGUAUGACGGCUGGGAAAGCACCAACUCUAGCAACUGCAGUAAGUAACAAAGCGUGGUACGGGUGGGUCAAUCCUUGUGUUCUAGACGGCAUUACGAGGCCAGUAACGUCGCACCAGUACUCUAUUAACUCACUCUUACCUUUAGAAAGUGAAUCUCAAGAAACUGGCUUGAAGUUAUCAAAACAUCAAAAGAAGCCCAAGGUUGUGAUUGGUCACAAUGUUUCCUUUGACCGUGCAAGGAUAAAGGAGCAGUAUUGGAUUAAUAAAACUGGUACGAGGUUCAUUGAUACAAUGAGUCUUCAUAUUUGUGUAGGAGGCUUGACUAGCUAUCAAAGAACAAUAAUGAAGUCUCAAAAAUUCCACGAUGAAGAUGAAGCGUGGAAGAACACUAGCUCUUUGAACAAUUUAGUGGAUGUAUAUAAAUUAUACUGUAGUAAAAACCUCAAAAAAGAUUCAAGAGAUAUAUUCGUAGAUGGUACUAUGAAGGAUGUCCAUGACAAUUUUCAGACAGUCAUGGAAUACUGUUCAAAAGAUGUUAUGGCUACGUAUGAAAUACUGCAGCACUUGUUUCCUAUGUUUUUGGAGAGAUUUCCACAUCCUGUCACUUUGGCAGGUAUGCUGGAGCUAAGUAUCGCCUAUCUUCCAGUAAACUCUAACUGGACAAGAUAUAUCGAAGACUCCGAACAAGCUUAUGAAGACCUAGAAAACGAAGGAAAAAUUUUACUAGCCGACAGAGCGAACCAAGCCUGCCAGCUGUUACAUAACGAAAAGUACAAGGAAGAUUUAUGGCUGUGGGAUCAAGAUUGGAGCAUCAAAGAGAUCAAGAUGAAAGCUACCAAAGCGCCAAGGAAAAAGGAUUUGGAGCAAUCAUCACCGGAAAAAGUGAAAGGGAUUAAAAAAAAUGACGAUGAUGAAGAGGAAGAUCCUCUAGAGGCGAAGUUUCAAAAGUUGUGGACCACAAAGGAUAAUUUACCUGCAGUUAAAAGCGUCUUGUUGGGGUAUCCUAAUUGGUACCGAAAAUUAUGUAAAAAGCCCGAUUCGUCAUCUCAUUGGGUUCCUGGACCUAAUUUGAUAAGCACGUCAAUGCAGAUCACACCAAAACUGUUGUGUCUAACUUGGGAAGGGUACCCAUUACACUAUUUGCGAGAAAAGGGCUGGGGAUUCUUAAUACCCUUCACAGACGAUACAGAUAUGUCAACAAACCUUCCUCUGAAGCAGUUAUUAGAGAAAUGUCCUUUAUUGAUAAGUAAAGACGGUGAUAACGCUGCUUUAGCAAUGGCCAACUUGUGCCAGCAAGUCCAGGACAAUCUAUCGAGGAAAGAAUACUACAGCAGAUUAAAGAAAGACAAAACCGACGGUUUAUACAAAGGUACCGGCAUUUGGUGCAGUACAGAAGUGGAGAACUGCUGUUGGUUCUUCAAGCUGCCACACAAAGAUGGUCCUUCUUAUAACGUGGGAAAUCCGCUGGCCAAAGACUUCCUGAACAAAUUUUCUGAAAAUGUUUUAGUGGGUGAUACCGAAAGUGCAGAGCAAGUGCUCGAAAUAGCGAAGAAACUGUCGUAUUGGCGGAACAAUAGGAGCAGGAUACUGGAUCAGAUGGUGGUUUGGUUGGCGGAGGAGAAUUUGCCGAAGUAUCUACGUGCAAAAGGUUAUACUUUCGGAACUAUCCUGCCUCAAGUGGUGGUAAGCGGAACCUUAACCCGAAGAGCGGUAGAACCAACAUGGAUGACAGCUUCAAACGCUCAGUCUGACCGAAUCGGCUCGGAACUGCGAGCUAUGGUCCAAGCUCCUCCCGGCUACAACAUCGUAGGAGCCGACGUGGAUUCGCAAGAACUAUGGAUAGCGUCUAUCGUAGGGGAUGCCAGUUACGCCAAGACGCAUGGAGCGACGCCGUUCGGUUGGAUGACUCUGAGCGGUAGCAAAUCAUCUGGAACAGACAUGCACAGUGUAACCGCCAAAGCUGUCGGCAUCAGCAGGGAUCACGCCAAAGUCAUAAACUACGCUAGGAUAUACGGUGCUGGACAGAGCUUCGCAGAACGCUUACUGAAGCAGUUCAAUCCCACCAUGUCUGAAGCUGAAGCUAGGAGUAAGGCGCAGAAGAUGUUCGCGUUGACCAAAGGCAAGAAGAUUUAUUAUUUGAGGAAGGAACACGUCUUGGAGUUUGUGGAUAAGCCUUACACGAAGUGGCAAGCGUUUGAGAUCGCUAAAGCGUGUGGAAAGACUGUAGAUGCUAUGUUUCUUAAGUCCAAAUGGACCGGAGGUACGGAGUCAGCCAUGUUCAACAGACUGGAGGAAAUAGCUAAUAGCGAUCGACCAGAGACUCCAUUUUUGCACGGUCGAUUGAGUAGAGCUCUAGAACCGAAAACCAAGUCUGAAGAUCAAUAUUUACCGACACGUGUGAAUUGGGUCGUCCAAAGCGGUGCUGCCGAUUUUUUGCACCUCAUGUUGGUAUGCAUGAAGUGGAUAAUGGGAGAUAACAUAAGAUUUUGUUUAAGUUUUCAUGACGAGGUACGUUAUUUGGUUCCAGAAGAACAUAGGUACCAAGCUGCACUUGCUCUGCAUACUACUAAUCUUCUGACAAGAGCUUUCUGUGCGUACCAACUCGGAGUACACGAUUUGCCUCAAUCUGUUGCUUUUUUCUCUUCGGUUGAGGUGGAUAAAGUGUUGAGGAAGGAGUCCAAACAAGAUUGCGUGACACCGUCGAACCCACACGGUUUGAGUAAAGGGUAUGGCAUUCCGAACGGUGAGGCUCUGAACAUUUAUGAAGCCAUUGAUAGAGCUGGUGGUCGUUUUAAGUGUUGGUAUGGUAGUAAGUUUCAAGAUAAAAGGUAGCAUCUAACUUUUACUACCAUCUUCUUCUUAUUACGUCGUAAUAUGGCAAUUGCAGUUUUGGAAACUGCCGCACGAAAAAUUUUUGCAGAUGAGCGGUCAAACCAUCUUCUCAGGUCUUUCUGCUACGAGUUCUGACGUCUUCCUGCUGAUCUUUUGCCCUGUACUUUAACUUCUAAUAUGAUUUGAAGUAGUUCAUAUCUUUCCCCUUUUAACACAUGGCCCAAGUUGUAUUUUUCUUUCUUUGAUUAUUCUUAGUAAUUCCUUUUGUUUGUUCAUCACCAGUUAUCCCCUCACAAAGAUUGUAUAUGCGAGAAGGCAAUAUUUUCUUAAAAAUUUUGAAUGUGUGACUCAUUAAAUAGUCGCUACACUGUCUAGUAUUCCUUUUCUUGGGAAUAGUUACAAAUAUUGAUUCUAACCAGUUGUCUGGUAAUUUAACGCUGGUGUAUAUCUUGUUAAAGAAGGGGGUGAUAGAUAAUCUCAACACUCUCUGUACGAUAACUUGUACAUAUGUGAGAGUAUGAUUAUACUCUCAGAGAGUUGGACUGUAUGAGGAUUGCUAGUUUACCAGUUCAAGUGGGAGUAUAAAGGUUUUAUACAGACAAUAUUGAUAUGUAGAUAGAGAGUCUUACCAAGUUGUGAAACCUUGUCCGGAACACUGAAGCCGGUCACAUACGAGUUGACUGUUUCCGUACCACGUGUCUCGCGUUUUGACUGUUGCGAAAUCGUGUAUGGCGUCACUCCCGAAUUACUGUUCGUGCACGACUUUUCAUUGUUUGUUUCGGUCCAAAAGAAAGGCUGUAGGCUGUACCGUCAAGAGAUAAGCGGUACCGACUUGAUCCGUCGGAAGAUCGUAGAGAAGAGAGAGAGAGAGAUUUCCUCUGUUCCGAAUCCAAGUGUCCAAGUAUAAUUGUCUGCCUGUAGAACUGUCUGUAAUGAAAUGGUACUAUUGAACAGGGUUGGCUUUGUAAUUAUUUAAAGUUAAGGGUUGUAGUAAGAGAUGUAACACAGUAAAAAAUAUAAUACUAUUUUUGACAUGUGCAAAUUGAACACUCUCAUUAUCUAAUAGUUGUAACAAUUCUGUGGGUAUUUCGUCAGGACCUUCCUUCGUAAGUAAUACAAUACUAGACCAAAUUCUGGCACCACAAUUGGAGAGAGACUAAAUUUUUAUAUGAUUAGGAGUAGAUAUUUUUUUAUGUAUAAAGAAAACGCUGUGAUACUUUUUGUUAAAUACAUAAAUUACAUAAAAA